AUGGGCUACAUAAUCCAGAGCUUCCUUAGCCCUUUUCCGCGUGUAAGCUGCUUCUUUCGCUCGCCUCUCUGCUUCGGCCUUGGCGGAGGUGACUGCUUUGUUCAUCGACAUAGAGGCAAUCUUGGCAGCGGCCAGCAGUUUCUUGGCGGCGUCUCUAUCCAUCACCCUGCAACCAUCGAGGUCCACGUCAGAGGGUUCGCAGAUAUUGGCUUCUUUAGCGGAUUUGAGUUUGAAAAUGGGGGUGUUGGGGUGAAGGCAGAGGAGGCAAACGUAGGGGGUGGUGUGGGGAGGGCCGCCGGCGGGCCGGACGCAUUGAGAGUGGGAGGAAGAGUAGCACUUGAAGCAGGUGGCGACGGCGUCGAGCGGAGGGGCCGGGGGGUAAACCUGGUAGCAGACGGGGCAGAAGGACUGCGGGUGGAGGCGCAGGACGCAGGUCGUGCAGAGGCGGCGGAAGAUCCCGCGGUGGCGGACGUGGUGGAGGAGGCGCCGCUCCUCCACGCCGCAAUUGCCGCAGGCCGUCGCCGGCGGGAGGGUGAGGGAAGGGCUGGCGCCGAGGAGCUAAUCGAUGAUUUUUGCCGUUGUGGGAAUCCUACUAUGACGGGUGGGUGCACAUACCAUAUUUGGGUUGACCCUUCAAUGUGUUAUAGAGCACAACAAUUCAUUCAUGGGCUUCUGAAACGAGCCAAAAAGUUGGAAAAAAAUAUUGCAAGAAGGAAGGAAUGGGAGAGGCUCAUGGCUUCUUCAUCACUUUUGACAAUUUCUUCACUUCUGACAAUUGAUGAUUCUGUCCUGUGUAUAAUCCCUCCUCCACUUAUCAUGUAUCCUCCACCAAACAUUCUUGAGAAGGUUGCACCUUCUGUGAGUAACCUCCUAGCAUUGCACGCUGUUGUAGCAACCAAAAAGCGGCGAGAUCUAGUCGGGGGACGAGCGACGCCUCCUCCUGCAAAACAGCUCCGCCUCUUAACGAUCCACCAGGAAAAGGGCCACGAAGCACACAAGUGCCGACGCCAGAGCCCCGCUAGGGAAAGGCUCCGGGAAAUCGCAAGAUUAGACGACGGCGAUUAG